CAGAAAACCACAGACACUUACACAGAAGUAGGACACUGUUUUUGGGGGUGUGUGUAACUGAAACAAAUGCGCAAAUAAAGAUGUGAAACAAUGCCGAGAACAUCGCUCCUGCUGCCGCUCUUGCUGACUUCGCUGCUGUGUUGCAGACCCUCCCGAGCUCGUCUGACUGUGAGUCCCAGCAGCUCUCAGUUCUUUAAAGGAGACUUUGUGUCUCUGAGCUGUGAGGAGGACGACAGCUCUGCUGGAUGGACUCUGAGGAGAAAUAUAAGCAGAAGCACACUUCACAAUGACAGUUGGAGAGAAGAUGCUGGUUCUUUCUGUAACAUCAGCUACGUCGAUGAAUGGGACAGUGGAGUUUACUGGUGUGAGUCCAGAGAGGGCACCAUCAGUAACAUGGUUAACCUGACAGUCACUGGUGGAUCAGUGAUCCUGCAGAGUCCUGUCCUCCCUGUGAUGGAGGGAGAUGACGUCACUCUGAUAUGCGAAGAAAAGAAUUCCUCCAACCUCCCAGCUGCUUUCUAUAAAGAUGGCUCCCUCAUUGGGAAAGAGCCUACAGGUCACAUGACCAUCCAGGAUGUUUCCAGGUCUGAUGAAGGCCUCUACAAGUGUGACAUCAGCGGUCAUGGAGAGUCUCCAUCCAGCUGGAUCACUGUCACAGAAAAUCCCACCACUCCAGCUCCACCUGCAUCCACCCCUCCACCUGCGUUACCUCCUCUACUUCCUGUGUUGGUCUUUGGAUCAGUCUGUCUUUUGUUUCUGCUGGUGUUACUGGUUCUACUGAUGAGGGACUGUGUCUGCAGAAAACUUGAAGCUGAUCAAGAAGCUGGAGAAGAUGCCAUCACAGAUGACACCACGUACAGCGAAAUCAAAAUAGCACAAGAGCCUCAGCAACCAGUGAGAGAGGCCAGAGAGACGCCAUCAAAGCCAGAGGUCAUCUACUCUUCAGUGAAGAAGUUCACCUGUCCAACCACAGACGACCAGGACAUCAGACCGGAGUGCAUUUAAUUCACCUCGAGUUACUCUUAGCUGUAACUUCACUCUAAUUUAUAUAUUUUAAUUGUAGUUUGUGUUUGUUUGAAUGUGCAGUUGUUCCUGCAGCAGAAAUCUGGUUUCUCUGCAGGAUCAAUAAAGUCUUC